GCUAACCGUUGAGCUUGACACAGGCGAGAGGAAGGUGCUGGCAAGCAGAUACACAAAGGCAGUGGAAGGACCCGCAGCAAUGGGAAUCAAACUGUACUACACCACCGUUACUGCCUCACGGACGGUGAAGUCUCAACAGGCGGAAGUGAUACGAAUCCUUGAUAGCAAAAAAAUCCAGUACGAGCUCAUCGACAUCUCUGUGGGCGGGGAGCUGCGUGACGAAAUGAAGAACAAAGCAGGGAACCCCACGGCGGUCCCACCCCAGCUUUUCAAUGAAGACCAGUACUGUGGGGACUAUGAAAUGUUUUCCGAGGCGGUGGAAGCAGAUACAGUGGACCAGUUUCUGAAACUGGCGUGAGGAGGGCGGAGUGUGAAUUCUCCAUCUUAACCCCAUUCCCCCAACCACCUACCCCCCCACCUCGUGCCCUGAUGGAGGCCCUUUAUCCAGUCUCUCUCUGCACCACUGGCAGUAUCCACUCACUUUCAAUGCCAUAAUGAAGAAUGCCAAAUAUCCUGUAUCUAACUAAUCAGAAGACACACAUUCCCCAUACUGCACCGUAAGACUCAGUCUUAAUCUGUUUGAUUCUGUUUUCUAUUCUCUGUUCAUUCCUUUUGAUUUCUUCCAGACCUGUUCCCCGUCUGGCAGACUAGUGUUUCUAAGUGCUCUGAGUCCACUCGGAGUCAGUGGGGUGUCUAAAUGUGCGGUAAUUAGGUCGACUAAUCUUGGCCACGGCCACAUGAUCUCUGGAGAUUAAACUAAUCCGCUGGAUGACAGCAUUCAACCCAGAAUCUUCCUGAUCCUCUGCAGACCAAACAAACCAUCAUCACUCAGUCUUAACUACUCUGUCGUCUUUUUUUUUGUAGCCUUCAAGUUCCCAUGUUGUACAUGACUGCACACUAUUUGUAUUCACAUGGGUGCAAAUGCACACAGACGUAGCAAGGGCUGUAACGUCCUUAAACCCAAUUAAUUAGAAGUCAUAGAUGCCUUUUUGGCACGGACAACUUUUUGUAAUUUUGGUCCAUUGGUCACCGUACGCAGUAACCCGCUGUAACCACUGACGUCCUGCGCUGAUCUGACCUUAGUCAGGUCAAAAAGUAAAUAUUAGAAGAAUACGUCAAACCCAAAUGAUCAUUUGUGUGUCCAACACUCACCCCGUGGUUCGCUGAAUUUGGGAAGAACAUUUAUCCUUUCUCUCAUGCCUCCACCGUGAACGAAGAAUCCAAAAACAGAAAAUAAUCUUAAAAUUCAAAGUAAGAGGCAGACAGGUUGAGCAACGGCAGAACUAUACCAAAACAUCAGUUUACAAACUCACACAACUCCUGCAGUGUAAUCAAAGUCUCAUUUAUACAGUUGUACGCUAAACUUUCCAAACAUUUUUGCUGAAAAAGUAAAAUCUAAAAAACUUUUGCAUAAACUGCGCAAGAGCAUGACUCAUCAGUCUCUCUCAAACAGUAUAUGGAAGUUUUUUAUAUAUUACAUUUUUAGCAAAAAAAUACAUGUCCUUGAGGUGAAGUUUCUUCUUAAGGUUUUGACUAUUUCAAAAAAAAUAUUUGAAGUCGUGCAUUGUUUACAUCCAUGUUUACUAGCAUGCAGUCUUCUUCCUCUUCCUCUGCUACUCUCUGUGUGGCGGGAAACUGGUGGUGGGAGUUUGUAUCACCCGUGUGUGCGAUAUAAACGAAACAGGGAGCCACUUGAACAAACUUCGAUCCAUAGCGCUGUUAGUGGUCGAAACUUUAAGCUAAGUUUUGGAAAUGUCCAACAAAGAUAAAUGCGGAUGAUAUGUUUGUGAAAUAUAUAGUAAAUCAAAAAAUAGCCACAUAAUCUACAAGGUCUUAACAAACACUUGUCGACGGUCGGCCGUCAACCAAAGUCAGGUUGUCGGUAAACGUCUGUUGGCCUAGUUUUUGUGGUGUGUCCUGAAUCGUCGGCGGCUUUUCGGCAGAUUGAGCAUGUUGAAUCAUCUGGAUGUAAUAGUCCGUGGAGGUGCUGCGGUGCUUGCCUGCACAGAUAGGAAACCCCUCGGCUGACAGGACUCCGCUUCUUUGUUUAUCUCAUGCAUUCCUCGGACUUCUGGUUUCCAUUUUUGCGUUAUUUCCACUGGCGCAGAACAUACGUGCUACUUGGCCGUUGGAUGUAGUCCGUGUAGUGUGUUCAAAUGCAACUGACACAGGGUGACGUGAGGCGACGUAGACGACGCAACAGUUGGCUUUCGUCGCCGCUAGUUCUUGGAGGUUGGUUUGGUGUGUCUGCACCUUAACAUGUCUUUUCUUAAAACUACUUUAUAAUGCUACCGAAAGAAUCAGUCAGAAGUCGUACGUUUACAAAUCGCACACAUUGUGGCUUCACUGGCGUCCAGUCGUAGCUACCGUUUAGUACACAAGUACUUAUACAUGGUUUGUAUUUGAUAGGCUGAUCCCAGUAAUAAAUGUAUUUACAUUUUACUAUAUAGGACACCAAAAGGAUUUCCCCAUGUAUUAGUAUUUAGUGCGUAAACAUACCUUUAUGCGAGGAAACAUAAUUCAUAGGUACAACAAUGUCAAAAUAAAUAAAUUGUGAAAAAUCCAAAAAGACGGUUUUCAUGGCCGCGCCCCUGUCAGUGUUUAUCAUCGGAAUAAGUUUAAUUUGGAAACCAAAAACUCGCAUUAGAUCUGUGACAAUGGUCACCAAUGGGCCAGAGUUAAUAGAAAGGUUGGUAAUCAGUUGUCAGACUUUCAGUAGUUAGCUGCUUAAUGUUAGCACCCAAUGGAGCAGGAUGAACACAUUUCUUAACUUCACAUUUGGUGCCAAUAUAUAUCUGUAAAGCGCUUUGCAGGUGGAUUUUCACUGUAGUAUUAGCACUUACCUGCCAUCUUCUGUGCUCCCCAUAAUCUGUAUAACUCGGACGCUUCGUUCCUGGCACCGACGGGAGCUCUGUACCGCUGACUGAUGGUGCACAAAGAUGGCAAACAUUUAGAAGGACGCAUUUCAUAUCGAUUGUAAACGAUUAGACUGAAAAAGAUGUGAAUCUUUGAGCUUUUCAACCGCGUAGCUUUUCCUUUCUUUUGUUUAUUUUGUGUUACAGUAUCACUGACUGUCCCGGGCAUGAAGAUGCAGUAAUGUGACUAUGCACUGAAACCCUGCCUCACUCUGAACACAGACAUGAAGGUCAAAGCUCAGUCUUACUAGCCUUAGGGAACACUCACCACAUGGGAAAAAUGAAGGCUUCACUUAUUUGUGCUUUUAUGUUUGUGCAUUCAUUCAGUUGACUGACUUCAGUUGGAAUAUAAUGCUCAUGUUUUGGGUUGCUCAUCUUUUUUUUUUAAACGGAGGACAACAUGGUUUCUCUCUCCUACUCGUAACAUCUGCCCUGCUCUCAACAUUGUGUUGUUACAGUUUGGGAUCUGUAGUAAUGACAGCCUUCACACACAAUGUUUGUGCACUGUUUUGUAAGUCAAUGGUUGUAGAUGUUUGCCUGCUAUUGAUGUAUAUUCACUAUGAAACAUGUUUAAGACAUUCCAUGUCUCUAUCUGAGCUCCUGCUUUGCUUUUGGACCAAUUCCCCUUGGCCAAAAAAAGAGAAGAAAAUAGGGAAUAAAAUGCUGUUGUCUUCCAAGAAGAUUGUGAAAAGUGAUUUAUGGGUGAAAAAAUAAAAUGAAGUUGACUACC